AUGGCUGAAAAACUUGGUGGGGAUGGUUUAAUAGGAGAGUUAUGUAAAGGGUUUCAGUUAAUAAUUAAUAGGGAUAAAAGGGUCAGUACAUUUGAGUCUCUCAAGAAGAAUCCUGGUUUGUUAGGACCGCAAGAUUUGAGUGAUGAUGAUCUUAAGAGUAUGCUAAAAGAAGGUGAUUUUGAUGGCGAUGGAGCUCUUAAUCAGAUGGAAUUUUGUGUGUUGAUGUUUAGAUUGAGUCCUGAGUUAAUGGACCAAUCUCAGUUUUUGUCAGAAGAAGCUCUUCAUCAAGAGCUCAAAGAUUCUGACUUGUCAUUGUUACUUUUGUCUUUUAUACUUACCUUUAAUAUACUACCAAAUCUUGGGUAA